AUGUCCGUCGAGUCAUCGGAAAGAGCGCAUCAGGCGAUAGAGCGUCUGGAGGAAUACUUCCUGACACUCAGCAGACACACCGAUGAAGAGCUCCGAAGCAGCGUGGAAAGACUCAUCAACACCUUCAAGUCACAGUUGAUGCACACGUUGAUUGAUAUUCAUGACUUGUACGAGGGUACUUUGCUCAGCGAUCGAAAAGGAUAUGCACAGAAAGUGAAUGAAGUGAAGCGUAUGUGUGACAAACUGGAUGCACAACCACUUCUCUACAACAACCGUGCAGCAGCCACAACGACUUCCACAUCAAACUAUAAUCUUUCAAGCACUACUCCACUUGUUUCAGAUCUCAGAGACCGCGGAGGUUUCACAUAUUUGAACGGAGGAGAUCUUGGAACUGUUGGACUUGGAAAUGGACUUGGAAACGGACUUUCGUCUUCUCCAUUCAACUCAUCCAGCACACAUUAUCUUCAUGAGCGUCAACGUCAGACCAGCCAUGAUGGAACUUGGAAGGAAGUAACCACCAGAACAGUUGACACUCCAAGUGGACUUGAGAGACGUACGAUUGAGCACACCGGAAUCAUUGAUGAUUUUGGCCGCAGGUGGGAGAUUGAGAAUAUUGUCUUGGAGAAAGGUCACACUGGCCUUGGAUUCUCGAUUACUGGAGGUACGGACCAACCAACCGAAGACGGAGAUAAUUCCAUUUAUGUGACUAAUAUUAUUGAAGGAGGUGCCGCACUUGCUGAUGGCCGUAUGAGAAAGAACGAUAUUAUCACCAUGGUGAACAAUACGAACUGCGUGAAUGUGAAGCACGAGGUUGCUGUUAAUGCUCUCAAAAGCUCUGGAAAUGUUGUUACUCUCACAUUGAAGCGUCCACGUCGUGAAGAGGCCGCUAUCCCAAUCGGUGGAACCUUUGGAGGAUCCACAUCGUACCUCCGCACCGGAAUCACACCAUCUGUGAGCGCCGGCAACUUGCAACACGCUAUUCAUUCUCCAUCGGCUCCAUUGCAUCCACCACCACCGCCACCAGUUCAUCACGGAUCAUUGAGCCAAUUAGCGGUCGCCCCAUACCGUUCCACACGACCGAAUACGACAGUCAUUGAUCUGGUCAAAGGAGCACGCGGACUUGGAUUCUCAAUUGCCGGAGGAAAUGGAAACGAACAUGUCAAAGGAGAUACUGACAUUUAUGUCACAAAAGUAAUUGAGGAGGGAGCAGCUGAUACAGAUGGAAGACUCAGAGUUGGAGAUAAGAUUCUUGAAGUUGAUCAUCAUUCUUUGAUCAAUGUCACUCACGAGUAUGCUGUUGAUGUUCUUAAGAACACUGGAAAUCGUGUCCGUCUGUUGGUUCAGAAAGGAAAUGGACCAAUCUUCAGUGACUCAGUUAGCCAACAGUUCAACCCAACUACUCCAAUCCUUAGACCAAGCUCCGUCCAAGACUACAACCGUUCUAUGGGAUCCCAGAGCCACAUUUCCUAUGGAGCUCCACAAAACACCAGCUACAGUUCUCAAACACCAGUUGCCAUUCCACUUGAGCCAAGACCAGUUCAAUUGAACAAAGGACAGAAUGGACUCGGAUUCAAUAUUGUUGGAGGAGAGGACAACGAACCAAUCUACAUCAGUUUUGUUCUCCCAGGAGGAGUUGCUGACCUUAGUGGAAAUGUGAAGACUGGAGAUGUUCUUCUCGAAGUGAAUGGAGUUGAUUUGAGAAAUGCCACUCAUAGAGAAGCAGCUGAGGCUCUUAGAAACGUUGGAAACCCAGUGUACCUUACUCUUCAGUACAGACCACAAGAUUAUCAAAUCUUUGAGUCGAAAAUUGAGAAGCUCAGAAACGACGUCAUUUCUCAGUCCAGAAUGGGAACUUUGAGCAGAAAGUCAGAAUAUGUCAGAGCCCUCUUCGACUACGAUCCAACCCGCGAGAACUCAGUUCCACCACACAGAUCAAUGGGAUUCAACUAUGGAGAUAUCCUUCAUAUCAUCAACUCAUCUGACGAUGAAUGGUGGACAGCCAGAAAGGUUCUUGAUAACGGAGAAGAGACCACAGAAGGAGUGAUUCCGUCAAAGAAACGUGUGGAGAAGAGAGAACGACUCCGAAGAAAGCAAGUCAACUUCAACUCUGGAUCACAAUCCCUUGGAAGAAACUCCAGCAGCACUGGACUUGAACACCGUAGAGGAAGCCGUAGCCAGCUCUCCUUCUCCAGAAAGUUCCCAUUCGUUAAGAGUACCGAUAGACUCAACGAUCUUGCUGAGGAGACUAACAAUGUUACCGAAGAGCCAGUAUUCUCAUACCAAGCUGUUGAGCAACAGGCGAUCAACUAUGUCCGUCCAGUCAUCAUUCUUGGAGCACUCAAGGACAGAAUCAAUGACGAGCUUGUCAAUCGUGACCCAGCAAGAUUCAGCAGCUGUGUACCACACACAUCACGCCCACCAAGAGACGGUGAGGUCCACGGACGUGACUACUACUUUGUGAAUAAGCAAAUGAUGGAGGAGGAUGUGAAGAAUAACUUGUUCAUUGAGGCAGGACAGUUCCAGAACAAUCUAUAUGGAACCAGCAUUCAAAGUGUCAAAGAUGUUGCCAGUCAAGGAAGACAUUGUAUCUUGGAUGUCAGUGGAAAUGCUAUCAGAAGACUCCAGACGAAUGCUAACAUUCAACCAAUUUCCAUUUUUGUCAAACUCAAUUCACCAAAGCAGAUUCUUGACUUGGACACCCAACUCGCUUCCACACGACCGGAUGAUCGUGCAAUGAGUGAAGACGAGGCUCAAGCUCAAUACUCCAGAUGCCAAAGAAUCGAGCAAACUUUUGGAGAUUUAUUCACUCAUGAGAUUUCCAACGUCCACAGUGCCAAUGAAGUUCUCGCCCGAGUCUACUCUCUCAUUGGCCGUGAAUCUCAGAACACCAUCUGGGUUCCACGUCACUAG